GACAAGAAAGCACAGAGUGUCAACAGUGUGACAGCGAGUGCAACCAUCAAAGGGAAAAAAAAAAUAUAUAUAUUAAAUAAAUAACUAAAUCUCGGAGCUGUAUUUCAGUGUGUGCUCCAUCACCAUGCUCGUGCUCCCGCUCGCCUUGAACUGCACGUUAUAUUCCUAAGGUUAAGGUGGGCUGCUUCCUGUGCUUCCUUUGUCUCCGUUUCACAACACGUCGUCACUGCCUAAGGAGAAACUAUGGCAUCUUCUCUCCGCUCUGUUGUUUUCCUGCUCUCCUUGUGCCUCCUCCUUUUCCUCCUUCCAUCCUGCACUCCGGAGUCCCAAAAAGAGGAAGAGCCGACAGUUUCUCCCACAGUGCCGGAGUCAUAUGAUAAUUUUUUGUCCACUAAUGCCAGUUCGAAUCGUUGUGGUGAGGCAGUGACGUGUAAACCAGGUAUCAUCCUGCCUGUGUGGAAGCCUGAUGACCCUGGACUUGGAGACAAGAUUGCUCGUGCUGUCGUCUAUUUCAUCUCCUUGAUGUACAUGUUCCUGGGUGUGUCAAUCAUCGCAGAUCGCUUUAUGGCAUCAAUUGAGGUUAUUACAUCACAGGAGAAAGAAGUUACGAUCACUAUGCCCAGUGGAGAGACGACAGUGGCUACUGUACGCAUCUGGAACGAGACCGUGUCCAACUUAACACUAAUGGCACUGGGCUCUUCCGCUCCUGAGAUCUUACUGUCUGUCAUCGAAGUUUGCGGGCAUGGUUUUGAAUCAGGUGAACUGGGUCCCGGCACGAUCGUGGGCAGUGCUGCCUUCAACAUGUUUGUGAUCAUUGGUAUCUGUGUGUGGGUGAUCCCUAAUGGAGAGGUGAGGAAGAUCAAACACCUCAGAGUCUUCUUCAUUACCGCCUUCUGGAGCAUCUUUGCAUACAUAUGGCUUUACCUUAUACUCGCCAUCAUCUCACCAGGAGUGGUAGAGGUUUGGGAGGCCCUGGUCACUCUGUCCCUCUUCCCAGUUUGUGUGAUUUUGGCCUGGAUCGCUGAUCGCCGUCUCCUCUUCUACAAGUACAUGUCCAAGCGCUAUCGAGCUGACAAGAGGACAGGGGUUGUCGUGGAGACCGAAGGGGAAGUGUCCCCUAAAGGAGGGGAUAUGAUCAUGCGUGGGAAGUUUCCAUCAAGUGCGUCAGCUGGAAUUAUUACCCUGGAACACUGCCAGGAUGGGCCUAACAACAGUGCAGGCACCAUGGCAACCCUGCUGAAGUCCAACAGCACCACCAUUAACAUGGAGAGUACAAAAGAUCUGGACGAGAGCCGCAAAGAGGUUAUUCGCAUACUUAAGGACUUGAAGCAGAAGUAUCCCAAAAAAGAUCUGGAUCAGCUAAUGGAGCUCGCUAACUAUUAUGCCCUGCUGCACCAGCAGAAAAGCCGUGCCUUCUAUCGCGUCCAAGCCACACGUAUGAUGAUCGGAGCAGGCAAUGUGCUAAAGAAGCAUGCGGCGGAUCACGCACGCAAGACUGUCGCUAAAGAUGUCGAAGCGUCCGAGCACGACGAUUAUGCCACAUGCAGCCGCAUCUCUUUCGAAAGCAACCACAGCCAGUGUAUGGAGAACUGUGGCACGGUGUCUUUAACCGUGGUGUGUCAGGGAGGAACUGGCGAGAACACCUUUUAUGUGGACUACCGCACCGAGGAUGGAACCGCCAACGCCGGCUCGGAUUACGAGUACUGCGAGGGGACGCUGGUGUUUAAACCAGGAGAGACCACGAAGGAGAUCAAGGUGGGGAUAAUAGACGACGAUAUCUUUGAGGAAGAUGAGCACUUCUUUGUGCGUCUGUUAAACCUGCGAGUCGGCGACGCUGAAGGCAUGUUUGAAAGUGACGAGGUCGGCCAGGCACCCAAGGGCCGAUUAAUGGAACCGUUGGUCACCACAGUGACCAUUCUGGACGAUGACCAUGCAGGCAUCUUCACGUUUACCGAACACAUCACACGUGUGAGUGAGAGCGUCGGCACCAUGGAGGUGACAGUGGUGAGGAACUCGGGAGCUCGUGGAACUGUGAUCCUGCCGUACCACACAGAGCCGGGGACAGCGCAGGGGGGAGGCGACGACUACGAGGAUGCGAGCGGAGAGCUGGAGUUCACCAAUGACCAGACCACGCAAACCAUUCAAAUAAGGAUCAUUGACGAUGAAGAAUAUGAGAAACAUGAGAACUUCUACAUUGUCCUUGAGGAACCUCAGUGGAUGAAGAGAGGAAUCUCUGCUCUGCUGCUGAAUCAAGAGGAGCAGGAAGGGCAGCUCAGUGCCGAGGAAGAGGAAGCCAAGAGAAUAGCGGAGAUGGGGAAGCCGAUUCUAGGCGAGCACAGCAGACUGGAGGUGGUCAUCGAGGAGUCCUACGAGUUUAAGAGUACCGUAGAUAAGCUGAUAAAGAAGACAAACUUGGCUCUGGUGAUUGGCACCCAUUCGUGGAGGGAGCAAUUUGUGGAUGCGGUGACUGUCAGUGCAGGAGACGGAGAAGAUGAAGUCGAGGGACGAGAGCAUCCGCCUUCCUGCUCUGACUACGUCAUGCACUUUCUGACCGUCUUCUGGAAGGUUGUGUUUGCAUGCGUCCCUCCCACUGAGUACUGGAACGGCUGGGCUUGCUUCAUGGUGUCCAUCACCGUCAUCGGCCUCCUGACCGCUAUUAUCGGAGACCUGGCCUCGCACUUCGGCUGCACCGUGGGGCUCAAGGACACAGUGACUGCUGUGGUUUUUGUAGCUCUGGGGACCUCCAUUCCGGACACAUUUGCUAGUAAAGUGGCUGCCACACAAGACCAGUAUGCUGAUGCAUCGAUUGGUAAUGUCACUGGCAGCAAUGCGGUCAACGUUUUCUUGGGCAUCGGUGUGGCCUGGUCAGUCGCCGCAGUCUACUGGUCAAUAAAAGGCGGCAGAUUUAACGUGGAACCUGGCUCCCUGGCCUUCUCCGUCACCCUCUUCACUAUUUUUGCCUUCAUCAGCAUGGCUGUUUUGCUCUUCCGGAGACGGCCAUCCAUUGGGGGUGAGCUCGGAGGUCCUCGAAUUCCACGCCUCAUCACCACGUUGCUGUUCUUUGGUCUGUGGCUUCUUUACAUUCUCUUCUCCAGCCUGGAGGCUUACUGCCACAUCAAUGGCUUCUAGAUCUUUCUUGAAUGUAAAAAAAUUGGAGAUCAGAUAUUUACUACAAACUACACACUAUACAGACGGCUCAGAUCAACAUAAACCGAGUCGAGGGCGAAGAUACGCUUAGCGACUUGCAAAGCUUCCUGGAGCACUUUCUGAAGAUGAACAGAAAAAAAAGAUAAAGUUGCUCACAAAUUCUAAGAGAACAGAUGUAAGACGCACACAAAAACGCAUGAAGAAUGCUUCAUAUUGCCCACAUUUAUUAUGUAAAACUUUGAGAGAACAAAAACUUUGAACAUGGGGUCUCGUAAAGAACGAUGGAAGAGUAAGAUAUGAGGAAAAAAAAAAGGAAAAUGGUGGAUAAGGUACAGUAUGUUAAACUCCCAUUUAUAGAUUUAAACCAAAAUGCAAAAACAAACCAGAAUUACAUUCUCACUGUCAUUUUAAGGCAGGAUAGAAAACAUUAAUUUAGUAUAAAAUCCAAAAGUGACAUUAGUAAAAGUUACUCAAAGUCAGGAUAGUUUUAAGCACACGGUCUAUCGAUUUUGUGGGCGUGUCUUUUUGAAAUCAGGUAUACAAAUGAUCUGUGUGUAGUUUUUAGACCAGACCACCACCUUUAAACACUUGCCUUUAAGCCUCCAAAAAAAAAAAAAAAAAAAAAAUCAGGGAUAGAAAAUAUGGACUGAAGCUGCAGAACUUUGAAAUAACAAUUAAACGAAGCAAUGACAUACUCAAUCGAAUAGAAUCAAUUUCAUCAAGCUUUAAAUUCACUAUAAAAUUAAUCAAAUAAAGCCAUUGUAACAUGCCCAGAGUUUGAAGGAUAUGCUGAUCGAGCACUAAUCUGCUGUCGAGUGAUAAUUAUAACAGAAACUUUUUUCUCCAUAAUAUCAAUCCUUCUCUGAUAUCCUCAAUAUUAUUAGCACUAUUCAUUUAUUUAUUGUGUCCUAUUUAUGUGUUUAAUAUGCAUAAGUUUGUUUGAGUAUAUUUAUAACCCAAAACUGAAAUUUCAGAAAGGUACUUCAGAGACUCUUAGGCCAGUUACCUAUUUACUUUUUGUUCCUUUCUGUCAGUCAGUUCUAUUUCCAAAAAUAAAAAUUUUCAAGCUAGUUUCAAACUAAUUUAACGACAGUUACUAAUAGAUGCUGGAACAAGUCCAGAGUCUGAGCUAGUCAUUGCUAAACCAUGAUUUUGUGUAUUUUUUUUGUAAUUAUUUGAAGGUACAGCUGUUGUGAAACUUCAAACCCCACAAAACGUCAGUUGUUUGGUUUCUUCUUUAUUCCACCACUAUUAUUGUUAUGGAGUCCGACUGCUCAUGUGUCCUAUUUUAAUUUAAAAUCUGUUAGGUUAGUUAACUGCUUAAUGGUAUGUUCAACUGAAUAUAUUUUUAUUUCACAAUGUUUUUUUAUCGCCAUUUUCCCGACUCACGCAGCUCAACACUCAUCUGGUGUUUUGUUUUUUUUAUUGAAAACAAUUAGAGAUUGUGUAAUCUAAUUUUUAUAUUUAUUUUUAUGAGUGCCAGUUUUGAGAGGGAAAAAACAAAACGAGGGAGGAUUUGUAUGCUGUUCUCAAAAUGUUUGCAUGUUGAACAGUGUUUGUGUAGAUAAAUGUUCUGAAACUAGUACACGCUAACGAACUGUUCUCCGUUGACUGACAGCUCGCCCCAGUGUGGGUCCAGAGUGUUCAGAGCCGCAGCGGUUAAUGUCACAGCCAUCUGCUCACAUUAGAAUGUUGUUUUGGAGUUUGUCGCACAUUUCACCCAGCUGAGGUUGAUUCGGUCCUGCGCAUCAAGGCUUUUGAACAGGUGUAUAAGACCUGGAAAACCUUGUGUGUGUUGGGGUAUCCUUUAUAAAUGCUUCUGCAUCUAUCUCUAAUAAUCAUGCAACUGAAGUUCUUUCUGUAACAUAAACCCUUCCUGGGCAAUUCUAUUUUAAACACAGAAUUUUGAGCUCAUAAAAAAAAACUUAAAGCUUAUAAACCAUUGAGUUUAUAAACCAGUCGAGGCUCGUCUAUAGGGACAGAGGAGCCAAAGCUGCAGCAAAACCUAUAAGUCCUUAUUCACAGGUCCAUAGAUUUUAAAUUCUGCUGAAACACUAGAAACACUAAUUACUGCUUUAGAGAGACCAAAUAUUUGUUGCUAUUUGACCGAUACAAACUGACCUUCCAUUGAUUUGAUAAUCUUUCAAGACAUACGGCUACUGCCCCAUUUAGCAGUUAUUUUUUCUCUCAGUGGUCAACUGCAACAAAUGCUAAUAGAGGCCCUUCUGAGUAAGUAUCACACAGGGGACGACAGGGUUGCCAGGGUCAUAGUUUUUAUGCCAAGUAGAGAUACUUUAAAAAUAUUCCACUGCCGCCAAGAGUUAUUUCUAUUUUAAGAUAUAUUGCAAAGGGGAGACACACUGACCUUGUUUCCCAUACUGAGAAGAAGAACACAAAUGUUUCAGGUCUGUUUUUGUGGUUUGAGUGUUUGAGAUGUAAUUAGAUUGGAAAUAUAGCUGAAACCUCGCAAACCUACUUAAUUAGCUCUUCUGGGUGCAGCUUGCAGGUGAUGGGAAACAGACCUGAAUCUUUUAACCAUCUUUGAACCUAUCCAAUGUGGGGAAUAUUACACUGUCCACCAUGCACACACUUUCACACGCUCAGUUCACAUCUAGGAGCAUUUUAGCAUAGCUAAUCCACCAAUCUACCACAUGAAACGGAGCUGAGGCCCCAGGAGCUGUGAAGCGAGAACACCCAUGUUCAUUCAUCUUCAUUAACAGCUUUGUUUUGAUCAGCGAUGCAGUGGAUCCAUCACUGGGCACUGUGCCCUCACACAUUUGCAUACUCACAGGGGUAACUUAGCAUAGCCAAGCUGCGAGGUGGGAAAGCUACCUGCUGCACCACCAGCAUAUUUUAGUAAUGAAUGUGUCCAAUCUUAUCCUCAAAGGGCUGGUGUGGGUCCAGUUUUUAAUUUCAAUCCUGCAGGAGCCACACCUGAUUCCAUCAGUUUAUUUAAUUAUUUAUUUGGCUCCUGGUUGGCUGGAAUGAAGUCCUGCACCCUCACUGGCCCUUCCUGGAUAAGUCCAUGCACCCCUGAUGUAGACGGAGUAACAACUGCGGUGUAGUUCACAAUCUGUUCUGUGCACUCCUGGCACCCUUAAGCAUGAUGAAUCAUUAAUGUAGAAUGUAAUAAGUGGGGUAUUGAUUGGUCCAGUGUCUCAAUCUAUUAUAAAAGCACUCAGUAUCACAACUUAGUAUUGUGUAUAAAGCAAAUCUAUAGUUCUGUCUAUUUUUGUUUGUAAUGAACAGUGUGCUAAGCUAAGCUCUAAGCCAUGCUUUUGGCAGGCUUUAUUCCCUGCACAAGGCUAGGCUUUUACCUGUGUGGUUUGGUCGUCUUUUGUCUGUUGGCUAGUCCCAUAAAGAUGCAUGUAGGAGUACAAUUUGACAGAACUUGAAAGACAUGCAUGGGUGGUUGUAUAAAAGUGUACAGUGCUAAUUUAGUUCAAUGAACAACAUGUACUGCACCGGAGGACAGAUUCUAUGACUUUAAGGCCAUCUAUCUAGUAUACACCUCCAAGGUGACAAAUACAACAGAUUCUAAAUCAGUACACAGUCCCAAUUACAGCCUCUGUUAUGCUUUGCCUUGCCUUUUUCCACAAUUAGCUCCAAGUUUAGCAUGGUGCAUGAUAUAUGUGAUAAUGUCAAUAGCCCCCCCCACCUCUAUAUGUGCGUCCAUGUGUUAUGUAAAAGAAUAAUUUCAACAUAUUAUAUAAAUAAUUUAUGUAUAUUUUACAAAUAUUUUCCACCUUUGUCAGUGACAAAUUGGGCAUAAUUAUAGCAAUAAGUGUCUUUGUUUUUACUUGAAGCUCAAAGCAAUAUUUGUCCUUACAUUUUUCCAGCUAGGUCAGGUUAGUUGGGUGAGGUGAUAGAAAGCCUAAGCAGAAAUUUUGAAAUGGAGAGUAUUAUUUGAAAAAAAAAAAGAAAAGAAAUGUUUGGACACCAUUAAGACAUUCCAGUAUUGCUUUUUCGUUGUGUGCUUAGGAUGAUUGUCUGCUGAAAUACAAACUUGGUUUCAGAUUAAAGAUAGCAGUUGUGCUAUAACAAAUUUUCUGUGAUGAGUGAUUUUCAGGCAGAACUACUUCUGCAGAAGCUAAAGUACACAGAGUUAGGAUUUAGUGCUGUAUUGCAUUAUUUUGCCAAAUUUGCCACUUAACACCCCCCUUUGCCAGUUGCUACUGCCUCCUCCGCUGUGCCUCUGUUAACCACCUCCAGUGAACAUGACAGUUGCAGAUGGCCUUUGCACCAUCCAAAUUAUCUAUAACAACUUCAAUGCUGCUGGUUUCUUUGCCUCUUUGUACAAAUCACCCCAUGCCUGCUUGCACUACAUCUGUUGCCAAUGACCCACUGGCGGUUUUCCACCUUCUAGUGGAAUCUCAUUUCUCAUCACACAUCACAGCUCAUUUCCUUCCAAUUGCAGCCUUUUUCACCUUGAUCUCAGCCUUCCAUCAUCCUGGCAUUCCCUCUCUCUCUCUGGAAAACACUAAAGGCCCUUUACCUCUGUGUAAUUCUUCAUCCAUUAGACCAAUGUCUUCUAUCAGCCCUCCCUGCUGAAUUGUUUUCACUUUAUCUUGCAUCCUCAACCGCCCCAACACACAAGUCUUCCCCCUCUGGGCAACCUUAACCUCACCUCACCACAUGUAAUUUGCAUUGUAACACAUUAUACCACUUUUCCAGUUUGACUUUAUCAGUUUCCUUACUACAGAAAAUUAUCUGGGAAAUGCAGGUUUGGUUUCUUGAACAUCAGAACUGAAGCAUAUCUUCAUCUACCAGCUUCGUCUACCAGCAUGCUGUGUUGCCCCGUUAAAAUCUAUACAGAUACUGCUUUAUCCAUUACCAUUGUGCAAUUUCUACCACACUAUUAUUGCUGGCCAUCCUUGGGGAUAUACUUAGACAAGUAGUCUUAUUCUUACUUAUUCUGAUAACCUAGUUACCUAGUAACGGCAUCAAUAAUGGACAUUCCACUAACUCCCUAAGCCUCAAGCCUUUGAAACUUGCCACCAUUUAUUCCAUUUAAAUAUAGAAUUAAAUAUAUAAGUAUUUCAACUAUUGACCAGUACCUGCUUUAUUCCAACAUUCAUAAGAAAUUCAGAUCUUUCAUACCUUAAGUUCUUUAAUCAAGGGCUCACCUCACAACAGGGAAUUACCCACUGAGUCCUCACUAUCACCCUUCAAACCUUUGCGCCCACCUUCUUACCAUACUUGUGUCACAGAUUUUGCCAAGCUCUACCAUACUUGUGCCACUCUUGACUGUUUUUAACCAGAUUUGCUCUGCUCCUCAAAUUAAUAUUUACACGACUUCCUCGAGUUCAGAUACUCACAAAGCACACUAUGGUCUGGCCUUUCUCAUAUUGGCUCCAUUAUCACCCAUCACUGAUUUCAGAGCCAUCUCUAACAAGUUGGUAUUUGGGAUUGGAAUUAGUGCAGUGUCUUCAGCAUCCAGGCACUGACUUCUAGCAAGUAUCUUCCAACUCCAACAACGCUUGAGCGUUGGUCUGCCGCUAUAUCCUAGACCCUAGACAUGUAGGGGUUUGGCUUUCUAGCAAAAAGCAGCAGUGGAAAUCCUCAUACCAUGAGUUGCUGCAUGGUCUACACUCACAAAAUAAGAUAAAAGUCCUUAAAACUCACUCUUCCUUUUAUCUAUCUUCCUACAUAAUUCCAUAUGUCCAACAUUUUUACACUCUACUAUACAGGUUCUCAACCCUUGUCUUGUAGUAUCCUUUGUCCCGCACAUUUUCAUUGCAGUCCAUGAUCCCAACAUACCUGAUUCAGCCAGAUGAUAACCAGUUCUUGAGUUGAAGUGGGUGUGGUUGAGCAGACAGGAUAGAGGGUACUUCAGUAUUAGGGUUGAGACCUUAUGCUUUACCACAUAACAUAUUGCUUGAAGGUAUGGUUGGCACUUGCUGAAUAGUUUGGUCUUAGCAAUAGCAGUGAUUUGCAUCUCUCUAUAAUCUGGUUCUGCUUGUCUUGAAAUCCCAUUUAUAUUCAUUUUCAGGCUUCGUUUAAAAACAUUUCUUCCAUGUGGUAGAAACUCAAAUGAUGAGAGGUACAGGUAGAACAAUUCAACAAAUAGGGACUUCUAGGGUAAUACUUUCCACGUAAUAGUCACCAUGUUUUUACUGCUCCGUUGCUAUUUAUUUAAUUCACUCAUUCUUCUUUAGUCACUAUUUUAUCCUGGUCAGGGUUGUGGUAGAGCUUGGAGAUCACCCCAGUAACACAGGGCACCAUGAAUGGGAUGCUAGUCCAUUGCAGGGCACCAUAAAUGUACACACAUUCACACCUAGGGGCAAUUUCUGGUCUUCAGUCCACACACUGGCAUGUUUUUGGAUAAAACCAGAGAACCUGGAGGAAACCCACAGAACGAACGUAUGAUACUCUGCACAGACAUUUUCCCAAGCUCAGGAUCGAACCCCUGGAGCUGUGAAGCAGUAAUGCUGCCAGCUGUGUCACUGUGCCACCAGUGCUGUUUACGUUUUCCUAGUAUCUAUUUAUUCAAAAGCAAAAUCCACAAUCUAAUCUUUAAGAGCACAUUCUUUUUUAUAGUCAGUUGAUAAUGUAAGCCUCGAGAAACACAAUUUUCAUGGAACAAAAAAGAGCUGUCAAGGGCUCCUGAGUGGUGCAACAGAAAAGCGUUUGCCUGAUUGUUGUGAAAUUAUGAGCUUGAAGCCUUUCCAUGGCUGGUUGGUGUCUGUCAUGAGACAGGGGAGAGCUGGCUAAUGGGUGGGAAUGUACAGAUGACCAAACUAGGGAGAAAAUGGAGAAAAAAAAAAGAAAACACAUCUACUAAAAAAUAAAUAAAAAAUAAAUAAUAAAAACAUAUGUAUGCCCUAAAAGUAUGUUUCUUCUUCCUAGGCACAUAGUUGUUCUCUUGCCCACAAUGGCAUUGGAGCUUAUUCGCUGGCGUUAUGCUGUAACCUAUGUAUUGAGAGCACACUGUACAUAGUGAAAAGAAAGCCAUUUCAAAUACAACCUAAAUGUUUUGAAGCACUAUAAUUAUUUGCUGAUGAUGUUGUUGUUGUUGUUGUUGUUUGCAUUAUGGUUGUCUGGACCAUUCUGGUGUUUUAGCAUUUUCUGUUGCAGAAAACUGCUGCUGCUAGUAGAUGAUCACAUCAGUUUCCCCCUCUGUUUUCUUGUCUUAUUUGUCUUGGAAGGCAUGUCUGGGGUUUUAAGGACAUUUCCAAACUUUAAAUCCAAUGAGUGGAACUACUUUUUAUACUGAGAAUGAAACAUGCCAUAAACCAUACAAGUGUUUAAAGUGCCCUUUAUCUUCAAGGGUUUUAUAAGAAUAUUUUAAGCUUUACCUUUUAGGUAAUAAUUAGAUGUUGAUCUUGAGAUGUGUUUUUUAGGGGAAAAAAAGUCACCAAUUGAAUCGUAAUACAGAAAUACAUGUACAAUAUUCCUAACCUGCAAAUUCACUAAAACCCAUUUAUCCAAAACGAUCACGUCAUCGCUCUGAGCGUAAUGUCCAAUCAAUUCAAACAGACUGUUACUGAAUUUUUUUUAAAGGAUUGUGUGACUUGAUUAUUGCCUUAGGGACAAGUUUUAUUAUUUUGUUAUAUGUUACUUUUCUAAUGUACCACCACUGAGGUGUUAUACGUUCUGCUAUUUUACUCUGGACGCAACAGGAACCAAAAUGGAUCGAGACAACAAGUGCAAUAUAAAACCUGCCGCUUUUCUUUUUUUUUUUUUGAGGGCAUGUACAAAAAUAUUACUUAGAAAAAGAAAUCAUCCUCAAUGCAAUAAUCAUUCAUGUGUUCAUUGGCUUUGUUAAAGAAAUGUUCAGAAAUUGAUCACGUUCCACAGGUUUAUAGAUGAAUGUCAGCCUUUAUUACGUUUACCAGAAAUCAGGUUUCAUUUAUUUCCCCUUUAUGUCACAGAUUCAGUCUUUGUAUCACACAAUUAUACAGAUUUGUAAUCCUUUAAAUACAAAUUUCCUAUGUGUGUCAUUUUAGAGGUCGUGUUAUGGAAGUAAUGGUUGGGAUUAAUGUUUGAGAUAAUUACGUACACUUAGUAUGUUGACUUCUUUAAAAAGAAAUUAUAGUGUAAAACUGAACUGAAAACUAAACCCUUAAUCUGUUUGUAUAAAUCUCCCUAUCGCUCUCACACACACACCUCCUGUAAUUUUCCUUGUUAGAAAUUUCUACAGGAUUUGUAGAUUUGUAUGAGGUAGAAAAAAUAUUUCCAAAUAUAUUCUAUUCUAAAAAAACCUGCUCUUUUUUUUUAAUAUCAAUUUAUCCUGUUUAAAAAACCCAAUUUAUGAUCCACAUAAAUGUUAGAAGUAUGUUCCAUGCUCCACCGUAGCCGUUUUUGUCUAUUAAACAUGUGUUUCAGGGUUCAUUUGUGUCACUGAAGGAACGAGAGAGAGAGCACGGGUCUCUACGCUCAAUGUGUUGUUUUAAUGUACUGCCUUAAAUGUAACGUUUCAGUCCACUGAGUCAACUGGUCAUUCGAUGUUACUAGAAAUGUGUUUGCACUGUGCUGUUCUGCAUGUCAUAGAUGUGCGAAAAGAGAGAAAAAGCAUGUCCAGUUUAUGUGCAUGAUCCGUUUUCAAAAAAAAAAAAAGUUUUAAAAAGAUAUCUGAAAAGCAGUUCUUAAUGCUUUUAUAUGGUUACCAUUUAAGAAUAAACAAAGAAAAAGUUGUGAAAAGUCAUUUUAAUUGGAGUAUCUUUGUGCUACACUUGGCAGAAACUCAACACUGGAACACACACAGUGAAGCAUGGUGGUGGUAGACAGCUGGUAGUUACCCUGAACCUCUUGUUUGCUUCUUGGUAUAAAUGCCUUCGUUACCUGCUCACUGAUAUUUGGUGCACAGACUCGUGUCCAUGUGAUGUUUGGGAUAUAUAUCUAUAUUUUUAAACCAAUCACUGAUUGAGAGUUUUCCAGAACUUUCUGCUGCAACCCCCCCCCCCCCCCAAAACAAAACAAACAAAAAAAAAAAACUAACAAAACAAAACUGUAAAAUCCUUGAAGGAGAGAUUUAUACUGAGAUCAUGAGGAGGUAUGUGGAUGUAAUAAAUGAGGAUAUGAAGCUAGUGGGUGCAAGUGUUGAGGAUGCAGAACAUAGGGAUACGUGGAGAGAAAUGAUUCGCUGUGGAGACCCCUGAAGGGAAAAGCCGAAAGGAGAAGAUGUGACAUUCUGUUAAUUACAUGAAUUCUCAUGGUAACUAGUUCUCCCAGAAUUACCGUAGACUUUGAGGUUUCACAGCAAUGAGUGAAUAUUUAUUUACUUGCAAACAAUUUUGCUCAAUAGAUUGUCCAGUUAAGUCCAUUACAGUUUCAGGAUGUAACACUACAAAAUGUGAAAAAGUUCAUAAGGGGGUCAAUACUUAUGCAAGCCACUGUAGUAUUCUAUUAGGUACAUCCUGUCUAGACUGGACCAUAGCAUGAAUGUGAAAAUGGAGCCUCAUUUCGAUCAAAGCCUCUGGUUUUCCAAACAGAUUUCUAAAGUACAGGCUCACAAAAAAUAAAUCUGCAACCAGGUCACAAACUGAUAAACAGGAAGAAAAAGCACUGACCUCACCUU